UCUGUGUACGCAUUCCCGGUCCAUCCUGCCCCAUCAUUGUCUUUUGACGCUGCGAGCGUUUAUCGUUCGUCUGGGGGAGUGGGUGUGUAUCCUCGUCUUCCUGUUCGAGCUCCGGAUGCUUCCUGCUUACUUCUCUUAUGUGUAUUUUUUACCGACGCUGAUUUUUAUUCCUCUGCAGGAUGUGAUAUUUCAUUCAGGGCCGCUAACAGAGCAGCUAAAUGCUCCCCUCCUGUCCCCUGGAUAUGGGCCAGAUAAUAAUUUCUCAUCUUUAUGAUGUUUUCACGCUCUGCUGUGCCCUGCUUAAGUCAAGAAACCAGCGAUUGUUGCUGCUGAAGGCAAAAGGAGAAAAGAUACAAUAAUACAGGGAACGGGGGACGGGAGGAGCAUCUUUCACUUUUCACUUUCUCGGUCCCAUUCCCGUUUCCAUCUGCACAAUCGAAUUGGGAAUGCCCGGAAGCAGUGUGACCAUAAUUGCGAGCCCGACUAGACGAAGACAUUGUUUUCCGUGGAGUCGGAGGGAUGCGAUGACGAAGAUGCCGUCUUCGGUGGAGUGAAUGAUAUCCCUCGUCCGGUGGCUUCCUCCACCAAACUUGUUUGCUGCCCCAGCUCGUCAUGGUCUUUUUGUUGCGGAGAAGUAGUGGGUCAGCGGAGCUGGCUGGAUGUAAUAAUGAAAUUUAUGUCUGCAUAACGCUGAUUUAUGUACGCUAAUGAGGUUUUUAAUUAGUUAAUGCUCGUGCGGGGUACGGCGGGUGCCAAAUUAGCCAUUUUGCUCAUGCAGCCCUGGAUAAAAGUAAAUUUCUGACAUUUAGAUACCUUUGCUUAUUCAGUAUAGAAAGAAUUUAUCAAAGCUAGCUUUCUACGACGGAAAAUGUUAGAGAACCUUGCAAAAGACGACGAGAAGAUGGAUGUAGACACCAGCAAUGCCAAUCAGAUCACCAAGGAUCGCCGAAGACAGGAGGCGCAUUAUUUCAAACUCUAUGGCCGCAUUGAGAUACACGAAUGGCUGUUGAAGGACUCAGUCCGAAUUAAGGCCUACCGCGAGGCCAUCCAGCACAACGAGUUCUUCAAGCACAAGACCGUUCUGGAUGUGGGCUGCGGCAUGGGCGUCCUUUCGAUAUUCGCAGCCAAGGCGGGUUCCAAAAGGGUCCUGGCAGUAGAUGCGGCCACCAUUUCGGAAUAUGCCCAACAGGUAGCCCAGGAUAAUGAAUUUGGCAGAGUUAUAACGGUGAUCCAGGGAAAAGUGGAGGACAUUGAACUACCUAAUGGGAUUAAAAAGGUGGAUAUUAUAGUGUGCGACUGGAUGGGCUCCUCCCUGUUUUCUGGAAAUAUGCUCGAGUCGUUGUUAUUUGCGCGGGACAAGUGGCUGUCCUCCGCAGGCCACAUCUAUCCGGACACGGCUCAGCUUUAUCUGGCGGCCAUCAAGGGACGGGACCAGGAUCUUGGCUUCUGGCACGAUGUGCACGGCUUCGACCUGUCCGCCAUCCGGCGCAGAUGCGAGUCCAAGGCGGUGGUGGAGCACGUGACCGGUGACCAGCUGAUGAGCAGGGUGUGCCUGGUCAAAUCGCUGGAUCUGUACACCGAGCCCCGCCAAUCCGCCAAGUUUCGUUCGCUAUUCGAGCUGAAGGUCACCCGAAAUGGCUGGGUACACGCCCUGGUGGCCUACUUCGAUGUCGGAUUCAGCAAGAGCACGCAAAGGAUCAGCAUCAGCACGUCGCCCUCUGCUCCGUGGACCCACUGGAACCAAACGGUCUUCUACCUGGAGACACCACUGCAUGUUAGGGCAGGUGAGUGCAUCAAAGGCGUGCUCACCUUGAAACCCAGCGAGGACAGCAUCUUUGACACGGAAUUCGACAUCUUUGUGAACUUCGAUGGCCGGGAGAAGCCGGUUACCGUCCAUCAGUCCUUUGUGCUCACCGAUCCCCUCACACUUUGUUGAGCCUGCACCAAAAGUGGCACACGAAAUAUCAUCGGAUCACGAUAAAAUGAACGACCAGUAAAAUAAAGUAAAAGCCAGCCACAUUGCCAGUGUGCAAUAUUUAUAUAAUUUUAUUGUGUGUAGGCACACAUAAAAUCAUCUCUAUGCAAGAAUUCAGUGGCAUACAUAUGCGAGGGAUUCAGGAAAGAGCUACGGACUCAAUAACUUUCCAACACCCUGAAUCUUGAAAAAAGGUGACUAAAAGUAAGCAACAAUAUACUUGU